ACUGACUUGGAUAGUUAAAGUUUAUGUAACAAGGGUAUUUACAACAAAAAUGUGACAGUGAAGUGGUACUCUGUAGGCUAUAUAACCCACUGAGAAAGGCCCAGUUGAGUUACAAAUGCCAUUCUGGUACAGUGCUUCCUAGAUUUCCGAAAGUGCAUGAAGGCAGCAUCCUACCAACCUGUCCCUCCCUCCAUCCACCUGUUGCGCUGCGCGCUCGCACCGGCCGCACGAUGGCGCACUUUUCAAUGGUGGUCGUGGAGGAUGAAUAUAAAAGGCUUGCUCUGUGGGGGAACUUGAAGCUGUAUGAAGCUGUGCAGGGAUAAUUUGUAUGGCUAUGUGUCGCUUUGGACCGAGGUUUGGAGGUACUGUACGAAGCUCCACAUUCAGUGUCCGUGCGUCCUCGUCCUGCACGGAGCGGGACUCUGCUGUGACAGGACUGCCUUCUCCAGAAUAUGCCUUGUCUCCAUGGUAACAGGCCUCAGGCAGACCCAGAAAAACAUCGGGCCAAACUGGUUUAACAUACCUGAUCCUGGACAGCAGUGACGAGGAUUUUAAAAACAGAAAUUCAUACAUUUAAUGUAUCCUGAUAUAUUAUUAAUGUUCAGUAUUUCUCCCUGGAUUUUAAGUUGUUUUACCACUUAGAUGUGGAUUCACAGGACCCAGAAUGACUAAAAUAACCUUAAAAAUCAAUCAUCAUGCAUCUAUUUUAACUUGAUGUCAUUUUUGAAUUUUUUGCUUUCUACCCUCUUGAGAUCAUGAUGCAAAGGACACUUUAAAGGUAAAAAGCUUGCUGUAAUUUAAGAUUUUCCUGGAUAAUUAUGGCGUGGAUAUACUCAUUCUCCAUCAAGGUAUCUUAAACUGGGCCACACCAGUUCCAAACUGGUCUAAAAGGAGUCCUCAGUUAGGACCAGGAUGCACCAGCUGUUCAGCCAAGUCCUGGGCCAGAGGGAUCUGUCCAGAGCAGGAGAUCUGUUUUCUCUGGAGGAUGCAGAGAUCGAAGACUGCCUAUCUCAGGCUCUGGACCAGAUCAAGGCCAUCUCCUGCUCUCCGGACUAUUUGACCAACGACAAUGACCAGGCAGUGGUGGAGAUUUGCAUAACACGCAUCACCACGGCCAUAAGGGAGACGGGCUCCAUCGAGCGACACAGCACGGCGCUGGUGGGGCUGUGGGAGUCGUGUCUGGAACAUAACCUCACCCCGCAAGGUGAAAACACAGAGGACACACCGCACGCCAAGAUAGCCUCUGACAUCACCAGCUGUAUCCUGCAGAACUACAGUUGUCCUUCGGUCAUGGUGCUGGCCGUCCCGGUAGCGGUGCGGUUCCUGCAGAGAGGGAAUAAGGAGCUGAGCAGGAACAUGUCCAGUUAUCUCUCCCUGGCUGCUAUAGCCAAGGCUGAUCUGCUGGCUGAACACACAGAGGCCAUAACACUCAGUGUGCUGGGAGGUAACCACAUGCUGUUGCGAGUGUUGCCUUCAGUCUACCUGAGACAACCAGAUACCAUCCACCGUCACCUAGGCAACCUGACUGUGAUGAUGUCGCAGCUUGAGUCUCCAGAGCAACAACACCUGAUCAGACUUGUUCAAAUGGUUGCUGAGCAACAUCCACUUAUGUUGAGCCCUCAGGUGCCUGCGUUGGUUAGUUACCUUGGAGACCAAUCCCUGACUGAGGCCCUGCUGGGUGCACUCGUGGACGUGUCACAAGCCAGCCCUUCAUCACUGGUCAGCUUUCUGCCAGCGCUGAGGAUUGUGGGACAACAAUGCCCUGCUCUCCUGGGUCAUGUGGCCAAAAUCCAUGGUGCUGUGGGCAUCAUCAGUGAGACUCAUGCGCAUAGCUCUUUGGUCUACCUGGUGUCCCUUCUUAGCAGCAUGGAGCACAGUUUUCACCACACCCUACUGCUAGAGAUCCGAGCUCUGACUGACCGUUACCCGUCUUUACUGGGAGGCUGUGGUAAAGACAUCUACAGGAUGAGCAACUCGUUCACUGCUAUAGCCAGACUGCUGGGGAGACGACUGGAGGAGAAUACUGCCACACACUGCAGGGUCGAUGGGGAGUGCCCGCCGUCUCCUUCUGCAUCUCUUCAAGGGGGAGGAGGAGGGGGAGGAGCGGGAGGAGGAGGAGGGUCAGAGCAGCGACUGCAGGUGAAGAUCCAGGCCUUUGAGGAGAAAAUGGUUGAGGAGGGGGGAGUGGUGGAGGCGGAGGAAGACUCUCUCGCCCCCCAGCGGCGCUACAGCCUGAGCCAAGCUGUCAGGGAGGAGCGACGUGAGAUGAGAUUCAACAGGUCAAAGAGCCUGGCUCUUCACGCUGUGCGCUCACGAUCCAUCAACUCAGACACCGGGGAGGACGGGGAGGGACUGGAGCUAAGUCCAGACAAUGUCUUCUCCAGCACUUUGCCUCACCAGCAUUCAGAGCACCAGGAAGUCACGCUUCCUGAGAAGAAACUGACCGGUGACGUACCCAUGCCCAUCACCACUGCACUGGACAGAGGGGUCAAAGAAGCUGAGAAAGGUCACAACAGAGAGAAGGAUGGAGAGAAGGAGGCACAGGGGGACGCUGACAGACUCUUUGUCCAUUUAAGAGACAAUAUGGAGACGAUCAGAGAGUUCUGUAAAGACAUGGUGCAGCAGAUCCCCAUGCCAGAGCAGUGCAUGAUAGAAGAUUCUAAUCGAGGCUGUGUGGCUAAGCUGUCGUUCUCCUGUCCUCUGAAGGGCCACUACUGCCUGUACGCCAAGUCCUGUUUCAACCUGACCAGUCGACAGCCUCAUGUUUGGAUACACAUCAUGCUGCUGCAUCUACAGAGUAAGUCCAGUGUCCCUCUUUGCUCCAGAGACGAGUGUGUCCAGAGACUGGCUUCUCUUUGGGAGAAGACUCAGCUGAAAGGAGCUCACAGCUUCCCCAUGGCUAUGACACAACACAUCACCCCACACAGGAAGGACAUGGACAGUCUCCAGAUCCAGCUGGAGGAGGUUCGUUUCUUUGACCUGUUUGGCUUCAGUGAGGAAGAGGGAGGCUGGCUCUGCUUCAUGUGUAACAACCCUGAGAAGGCCACAGUUGUGAACCAGGAGGGGCAGCCUCUGAUUGAGGGGAAGCUGAAGGAGAAGCAGGUCCGCUGGAAGUUCAUCAAGCGCUGGAAAACCCGCUACUUCACUCUGGCAGGAAACCAGCUACUCUUCCGUAGAGGCAAAUCAAAAGAUGAGCUGGAUGAUAUUCCUAUUGAGCUGAGCAAAGUACAAAGUGUCAAGGUGGUGGCCAAGAAGCGGCGGGAUCGGGGCCUGCCGCGGGCCUUUGAGAUCUUCACAGACAGUAAGACGUACGUGCUGAAAGCUCAGGAUGAGAAACACGCUGAGGAAUGGCUGCAGUGCAUCAACGUGGCCGUGGCCCAGGCCAGAGAGAGAGAGAACAGAGAGGCUACCACCUACCUGUGAGAACAACACUAACACGGAUGCUAACAUGUCCACAUGUACCUACACAUGUUACUCAUAUGAGCAUGAGUAACAUGUUCAGCUGUAAGGCAUUCAAGGACAAAACAUUGCAGCUUUUUAGAGGAUUGGGUGGAAACAAUGAACAGAAACACUGCCGGUAGCAUUUCUUCAUAUCUGUAAUAGAUGGUCUACGACUUUGAUCCCAAUGACAAUGUGUAAAAAACAUAAUCAAAAAGACCCGUUAUGCAGUAUUUAUUUUUAGAAAUAAGACUUUAAAUAAACCAGCAAUAAAAGGCUCAUUGUAUGGUGUGUAUCCAUGGUUACAUAUUUUUUAAAAAUGACUCCCAGUAAUUACUGUUACACCAUGGAGCUGCUUGUGAUGUGAUACAGCUGUGGACCAUCAUCGGUGAUUUUAAUGAAUGUUACAGUACAUAAGUGUUAAAGACUGACGUUACACGUGACGUGUUAAGACGUUUUUCACCUGACUGGACUGUGCGGGAUGGAAACGCUUUCUGCUUCAACCUGGAGACUGCUGUGAGCUUCCACAACCAAACCAAACCAUCAUCUGUGGAGACUUUGGAUUCCUGAGUUCAAUGAUGCAUGAUGAUUGAGAUAUGUUCGAUUCCAAAGUAGUAAAUAGCAAUGAAAACCUAAUAGAAGCACACACUACAUAGCAAUAACGAGAUUGAACAGUUUCUCUUGAAAGCAGGAGACAUGAAGAAGAGGAGCCUAAUGGACAGCAGAUGGGAAGAGCAUUCAAUACCGGAGUCCUGUGUGUGUGUCCAUGUGUGUGUGAUAGAGAGAGUAUGAUGUAGGCUUAAAGGAAUAGUUUGACAUUUGGGAAAUACGCUUAUUUGCUUCCUUGGCGAGAGUUAGACGAGUAGAUUGAUACCACUCUCAUGUCUGUCUGUGAAAUAUGAAGCUGCAGCAAGCAGCUAACAGCACCCCUGAAGCUCUCUAAUUAACACGUUAUAUGAAGUAGAGAUUUGUAGUUUUACAGGGGAUUAUGUGCCAGACUUUUUUGUGCAGUGCUGGUAGAUGGAUUUUGUUACCUUCAGAGACAGCCAGGUGAGAUGUUCCCCCUUGUUUCUACUAUUUAAGCUACGCUAAACGAACUGGCUGCUGCUGUAACAUCAUACAGACAUGAGAGCGAGAACUUAUUUCCCAAAAUAUCAGCUAUUCCUUUCAUAUACAUAUCUUUUCAUAGCUGUACAUACUCAAUCCAGUGUUUUCAAAUAAUUUUGUAACAUGUAUUUUCCAUAUUUUGUUUUAUUCCAACUAUUUUUCCCCCCAAAAGUCAGUAGGCAACAACUCAAGCUGACUUUCAACAGUGUUGCAUCCAACAUAUGAGAGUCCCUUGUUUAAAGAAAACAUAUUGGCCCUCUCUGACACUUAAAGACCCAUAAGAGUCAAUGUGGUGGUCAGGUUUCUGUUCUUUUGCAAUAGCUAUAUGGAGUGGGCAUUUUUGGCUUCCCCUCGAACAAGAAACGUCUGGUACAAUUCACUCUGUGUUUUACCAGGAGCGGUCUCAGCUGAACUGUUGCUUAAUCGUGGGGUUUAGACCACCGAUCUCUAAAAGAAAACACUGAAGUAAAUGAGUGGUUUCCUUGCGGAUUUAGUAACUGUGCCAAUUCAGUCAUGCUGAUUUAAGACAAUUCAGUGAACAGUUUUGUUUAGACAUCCAGAGACCAAAGGCGAUACAGCAAUCUCCCUUAUUUCAAAAGAGGUCCUUUCUAAAGGUUCAAGUUGAAAGGCCGGUGUGUUUUCUUUUAACAGUAAGAUUACAUGAAGCGGAAGAUCAGGUUUUAGUGGACUGAGAGUUUCAAUCAGGACUCUCUCUUCCUCACAUCUAUACAACUCAUCAUUUGAUUAAUGGCAGCCUGUGGCAGAAUACAUAGAGCGCUGCUAUAUGUUGUAUGUUACUUACUAACCAGCCUGACACUUUGCUCUCGGCUGGAUGCAGACGACAAACAUCUUGACUCAGUUAAGGUCUGAACUGCCUGAGCCAGACAAAACGUUCACGGUCGGCCACAGCAAAUCAAUUCUUUUGUAUUAUGUCUUGAUGUUUUGAUUCUUAUCUGGAUCAGCUGGCACAGCCGAGGUGUGUGUCCGCCCACAGGUGAAUACAUUGCUCUCCUCCUCUCCGUUAAUAAAUGCUUUAGUUAAAUAUAUAACGUAUAAUGUUCAGGAUAUUAUAAAGAUGCCUAAGGUACUCUUCAUCUUAACUUGCGUGACAGACAAACAGGUAGUCUUUGGUUUGUCCUGGAGCUGAAACCCUGUUAGACAUGUGUACAUGCAGACAUAACACUGGCUUUCCCACCGGGUCACGUUACCACUGUUUGUACUUUUAGCUGCCUCUCCCCCUACACAGCAGAGCUGCAUCUGCUUACACAUAAUAUUAUUUACAUCAUGCCUCUCCUUCACAUUUUGAUUCCCUCUUUCCUCUUUUUUUUUUUUUUUUUUUUUGAUUUGUGACCUACAUACACAGCUGGCUUUGCACCCCAAAGUCUGGGGGAUUUCCCACAUUGACUGACACACUUAACAAAUACUUAAACACGCUAAGCUAAGAUGGUGAACAUGGUAAACAUUAUACCUGUUAGCAUGCUGACAAAGAAGUGUUGUACCUAACAGCUGCUGGUGUAGCUGUACACCCUUAGCCUUGUAACUGCUUACUUACUGUCAGAUAAAUCACAGUUUCACGUACCAAAUUGACUUUCAAACAUUUUUUUUGAAACCCUGAUAAUUGACACUUUCUUAACUUUCUGUCCUGUGACAAACCACAACCACUGUAUCUGGGCACUGAA